AUGGCACUUUGGUGGUGGGUUGCACCUAUUUUAUCAGUAGGUAAUCGACGUACAAUUGUCGACGAAGAUCUCCAAGAUAUACCAGUCAAUGAUAAGUGUUCCACUUUGUUAAACAAACCAAAUUGCGACAAUCCUAAAUGGCCAGGAACAUGGCAUGUCAUUAAACGAGCAUUUUUGAAAGAUUAUCUUCUAAUCAUCUUCUUCAUAGUUCCGUAUAUUGGGACUCGUAUUGCACAACCGUUGGUCCUUCGUGAAAUUGUUUUAUUCAUUAAAGGUGAAUCAGCAGUGCCUACGUACGCUGGUUAUCUAUUGGCCAUUACUGUUUCCAUUUGUUCGAUGUUACAAGUCAUUCUUAUGCAUCAAAUCUUCUUUUAUGGUGGACGUAUAGGCAUGCGCGUUCGCAAUUUUUUAUCAUCCACCAUCUAUAAACAUUUGUUAACGAUCAAUACAGCAUCACUACACAAUACUACUGCUGCUCAAACAAUCAAUUUAGUAGCGAAUGAUGCAAGCAAAUUUGAAGAUUUGGGUAUGUACUUCUAUUAUUUUUGGGUGACACCUGUUGAAGCACUUCUGAUGUUUGGUAUUAUUUGGCGGAUUAUUGGUUUGCCGACACUGUUUGGUUAUGCCAUACUCCUACUAUAUGUACCAAUGCAACUCAUAUUCAGUAAACUAUUCAGUAAAUUCCGAAAGGCAACAAUGACAUAUAUGGACAGACGUGUUCAAACAGUUAAUGAAAUUGUUAAUGGAUGUCAAAUUAUAAAAAUGUACAAUUGGGAAAGAGCAAUGAAGCAACGGGUACGUGAAAUACGACGUUCUGAACUUUCAUACAUUUUCGGCUCUAGUUGUUUACGAGCUCUCAAUAUUGGUCUCAGUUUUGCAUCCUCACCUUUAAUUUCUCUUGCUACAUUCGGCAGCAUUUGGCUCAUGGGUGAACCAUUGAAAGCAGCAGACAUCUUUACAACAAUGUCCUUCUUCGCUUUAAUUCGAAUGCCGAUAACCGCAUAUUUUCCAUAUGCUAUCGAAAAACUCAGUGAAGCUCGUAUUUCUGCAAGAAGAAUUGAUGAAUUUCUGAAAUUGGAAACGUUGGUAGACAAGCGAGAAAAAGAACAAAAUGAAAAAGGAGAUCUUGCAAUCAUUAUGGAAAAUGCAUCAUUUUCAUGGAAAGAUUCUCCUUGUUUGUCUGUUCUCAAUAGUAGCAUCAAAAUUGGUACGUUAGUUGGAAUCAAAGGUGCCACUGGUGCUGGCAAGUCAUCUUUACUAGCUGCCAUUCUCGGUGAAAUGAAUCUUACCAGUGGAAAACUACGACAAUAUGUUAAUUCUAUUUCGUACGCUCCACAAUCGGCAUGGAUAUUUGCUGAUACUAUUCGAGCUAAUAUUCUUCUUGGUAAACCAAUGGAUGAAGAACGUUAUAAGAAUGUCAUAAAGGCAUGUUGUCUUGAUAUCGAUCUACGAAAUUUUGGUGAAGUCGGUGAUUUAAUGAUAGUUGGUGAUAAAGGUGUCAAUCUAAGUGGAGGACAAAAGGCUCGAAUAUCGCUUGCUCGUGCUCUUUAUGCUGAUGCAGAUUUAUAUUUACUUGACGAUCCAAUCGCUGCCGUUGAUCCAAAAGUGGCAAAGAAAAUAUUUGAUCAAUGCAUUGGUCCACGUAGUCUUCUUCGUGAAAAGACUCGAAUAUUGGUUACACAUCAAAUACAUUUCUUAGUCGAAGCAAAUCAAACUAUCCUAUUGAAAAAUGGUCGCAUUGAUGAAUUACAUAUUGGACAAUCUGUCCUGGAUGAGCAGUCAAAUGUUACAACAGAAGUCGAUUCAUCCAACAAUAAUGAAACCAAUUGGACAUUAAACACGUCUGCAACUGAUAUAAAUUCAAUUGUACAGGAUGAGAUGUCAACUGAUGGGGCAGUCAAAUGGAAUGUUUGGUUGAAACUAUUUAUUGCACCACCUUUACGGUGGUUCGGAUUUUUCCUUCUAAUAGUUUUAAUAUUUGCUGCCGAAGCUCUAUUCGAUGGUACAAAUCGUUGGCUCGCUCUGUGGUCUGAAAAAUCGGAAAAAAAUGAAAGUUCACCAUCGGAUGCUAAUAUUUAUCUUGGACUGACAUUGGGUACAUUGAUCGUUGCAUUAAUACGUGCCUUCUAUAUAUUCUAUAUUGUAUUAAGUGGAGCGACCUAUUUUCAUAAUCGAAUGCUAAAAGGUAUCUUGUAUACUUCGUUACGUUUCUUUGAAAGUAAUCCUAGCGGACGAAUAUUGAAUCGAGUAAGUAAAGAUCAACAAGUGUUAGACGAAUCGUUACCUCUUGCUCUGAUCGAUACUAUACAAAUGGUACUGAUGAUUCUCGGUUCUGUUGUAAUUAUUGGAAUAAUCAACCCAUGGGUACUUUUAAUUCUCGUUCCAUUGACUCCUGGAUUUUUGUGGAUUCGCCGAUAUUUUCUACGUUCGAGUUAUCAACUCAAACGACUCGAAAGUGUAACACGUAGUCCAAUCUAUACACUGUUCGCGUCAUCAUUAGAUGGGCUCACUAGUAUUCGUGCAUUCAACGUUCAAAACGAUUUCGUGAAUAUGUUUAUGGAAAGAAUCGAUACAAAUUCACGAGCUUACUUUCUUCUUAUUAGUGCUGGACAUUGGUUCGGUUUAAGACUCGAUCUCAUGGCAUCCUUACUCACUUUGGUUACUGCGAUUCUUGCAGUAGCAGUGCGUAACACAAUCGAUUCAUCAGCCGCAGCACUCAGUAUGACCUAUUGUCUCACUAUAGUAGAUCUCUUUCAAUGGGCUAUUCGACAAUCAGCUGAAGCUGAAACUUAUAUGACCAGUGCUGAACGUGUUCAUGAAUAUGGGCAACUUCUUCGAGAAGAUGGUAAAGAAAAACAUCAAAGGAAAGCAUUUAUUCAGCCACCCAAUGAUUGGCCUUCUCGUGGUAUAAUUGAAUUUAAAAAUUACACAUUUCGUUAUCGAUCAGAGCUUGAUCCUGUGCUCAAAAACCUGAAUCUACGUACUGAAUCAAAAGAAAAGAUUGGAAUUAUCGGUCGAACAGGUAUGGCUAUUUACCUUGUUUAA